AUGUCCGUCUCAAUCCCCAUCCGGCCAGCAAUCCGCCAUUUCUCUGUCCGCCGCCCGCCACCAGACACUCGCACAUCCAGAUUCGUUGCCAGUUCCUGUCUUGUCUCCGCAGUCCUUCUCCCUUUUGUACCUCCGGCACUGGAGAGCUUCCGCGAAAAGAACAAAACUUAUUCGAACAAGUGA